GUGCGUUGUUGUUGCGAUACAUACACGUGCGCGAGAUUACGUGAACUCCGCCGCCAGGCCACCGCAAAGGGGCUCUGUUUAGCUCUGAUAGAAUAGAUUUUUUUAAACGAACGACAAGUCGACAACUUGACCAUGUACUUAGAUCUGAUCUGUACCCUCUAGAUUUAGAUAGUAACAUCAGUGAUACCAACUUAAGUGAGUGCCAGAAUGUUUUCUGCUAGUGCUAUAUAUGUGCUAUAUAUACAUUAUUUACACCCAAACAUAACCUCGUUUCACGCACGCUCUCCAUGUGGACUUGUUUUAGAACGCUCUGUAAUUUUUAUUUUGAUUUUGUGAAUUGUUUACACAAUUUUUGAGAUAUGCCGCGUGGAAAGAAGUUUUCUCGAUCUCGCAAAGAGCCGAUAUCAAAACCAAAACGUAAAGGAAAAUUUAAUUAUAGGACUGCGUCCUAUAUCAAAGAAAGAGAAGCUAAAAAUGAAGAGAUUGAAAAUCGUAGACAAAAAGUUGAAGAGUAUAAAGCAAGGCAGCAAAGUUAUUAUGCACAAGACAGCUCAGAAGAAGAAGAAGAGGAAGAUCCAGUGAAUGAUCUUUUAAAAACAUUUAAAGGCCAGAAUGUCGUUAAAAAAGUAGCUGUUGUUUCUGAAAGUGAGAGCGAAGAAGAGAUUGAAGAAAAUUCUGCAGAAGAUGCAGUAGAAGAACAGGAGUUAAAUGAGGAGCAGGUAGAUAACGAGGACAGUGGUGAAGAGAAUGACGAGGUGGAUGUGGAAAAAGAGGAUGAAGAUGUUGAUAUUGAAGAAUGUGCUGAAGAUGAAGAUGAAAGCGAAAGUGAGGGAAGCGGAGAAUCAGAAUCAGAGAAUAAAAAUCUGAAAAAUGAAACAAAAUCCAAGAAAAAGAAAGUACAAAAGGAAGAUGAGAUUGAAGUAGAAAUAAAAGAAAAAGAUGAAGAAGAUGAAGAGACUGCUCGUGAAGAUGCUGGGCAUGUGAAAGAUCCUUUUACAAUACAUCUACGUAACGAUCUUGAUAAUGAAUUGUAUCAAGCAUUGUCUAAUUUACCAGUAAGCUUAAGUACACAAAAAUUAAAGUGGCCAAAUUUAGGUAAUGUAAUUUGUCAAAUACCACAAGUAGAUAAAGUAAAAGAGUCUGCAAUGAAAAAACAAAAAGUUUCAGUAUUGGAAGAUAAAACUUUUGCAGAACAUGGCAAAGUGCCUACAUUGAUUAAUAAUGUAGAUUGGAAUGAAUUAUAUGUGAAAUCCUUAAUCCAGGGUAAUCUUACUAAAGCUAAUUAUAACAACAUAAAAGAUGACUUGGAAACAAAUCCCAGUCCUCUGACUCCUCUACAAAAGGAACUGUUAUCUGUUAUUAAUAAUUAUCAAGAUUUAUUGUACUGUGAAAGGACAUUUGACAAUGAAGCAGAAAUACAGUUCACAUAUUGCUUACACGCGAUUAACCAUGUUUUGAAAACUAGGACUAAAGUACUGCAUCACAAUGCAAAGAUUCAGAAGUCAAAAUUAACGGAUAUGAGUGAAAUUCCAGAUGAAUACAGAGAUCAAGGUCUUUUGAGACCCAAAGUUUUAAUUCUUGUGCCUUUCAGAUAUUCUUGUUUAAAAAUAGUAGAGCUGCUUAUUUCAAUAUUUAUUGGCGAAGAGAAAGGUGGAUCUGUAAUAAACAAGAAAAGAUUCAUGGAAGACUUUGGAGGUAGUGAAAUUAUUAUGCCUAAGAAAAAUCCUAAACCAGAGGAUUAUGAACAAACUUUCAAAGGAAAUACGGACGACACUUUUAAAAUUGGUAUAUCCAUUACCAAAAAGGCUCUGAAGCUGUAUUCAGAUUUUUACUCUUCUGACAUAAUCAUCUCAUCUGUACUGGGAAUGAGAAUGACGAUUGGAGCAGAGGGAGAAGAAGAUCGAGAUUACGACUUUCUCGCUUCCGUAGAGCUCUUAAUCAUGGACCAAAUGGAGAUUUUCUUCAUGCAGAAUUGGGAUCAUCUUCUCCACGUCAUGAAUCACCUGCACCUGCAACCGAAGAACUCGCAUGGUACAGAUUUCGGACGAGUACGCAGCUGGUGCGUGAAUGGCUGGAGCAAGUAUUACAGGCAAACCCUGAUAUUUUCCGGUAUUCAACUGCCAGAAAUUCACGGAAUCUUUAACAAACACUGUCACAAUUACUCGGGCAAAGUAAAAAUCGCCAAUCCCAUAUCAACGGGGUCCAUCACGCAUGUACUGGUGCAGAUUCCACAGGUCUUUCACAGAUUCAACGUAAACGAUCACGCAAAAGCCAUCGAUGCAAGAUUUGAAUUUUUCACCACGAAAAUCUUGCCUCAGUACAGAGACAGUAUAAUGAAUCACACGCUGAUUUUCGUACCCUCAUACUUUGACUAUGUCAAGCUUCGAAAUUACUUUCGAAAGGAGGACAUCAGUUUCGUCCAGAUUUGCGAGUACACGCGGGAUGCGAAGGUGGCCAGAGCGAGAGACAUGUUCUUUCACAGCGACGCUAACUUCCUCCUGUACACCGAGCGUUUCCACUUCUUCCGAAGAAUUCGCGUUAAAGGAAUCAGACACAUCAUCUUCUAUGCGCCGCCCGCGUUCUCGCACUUCUACAGCGAGAUGUGCAACCUGAUGCAAGAGGCUUACCAAAAUCCGAAGUCGGGCUCCUCGAGUAACAUGACAGUGACGACGGUUUAUUGUAAAUACGAUGUUCUGCCGCUCUCGGCCAUCGUCGGCAGCGACAGAGCCGGCAAGAUGGUCAGCUCGGAAAAAACGGUUCACAUGGUGAUGACCGGAUGAUAGGAGGGACGAUAAGAGAUAAGAUAUUUGUUUUUGUACAUAUUUGAUAAAUAAAUUAAUUUCGAUAAUAAA